UCGAUAGACACAGAAUGUAGAGCAACAAGAAAAUAAACAAAAUUAUGCUGAUAACAAUAUAUAAUAAUAUUAAGGAUUAAUACGGACAAGCCAAACUAUGGAACUUGGCAAGCAAAAGAAGCGACGCAAGCAGCGCAAACGAAAACAUCAGCGUAAGAAGCCAAAGGCGUCAUCUACAGCAACAGCAGCAGCAGCUGCGGCCGUGGGCGCACCACAGUUGCCCGCCGAGAUUUGGUGCAGCACGUACAAGUCCCUACUAGCGUGGCAUCAGGCACAGGUGCGCAGCGUUUGUGGCAGGCAAAUGGAGCAGGCGGAAGCUGAAAGCUGGAGUGAGAGGGAGGACGAAGAUGACGACGAGGAGGUGGAAGAAGAGGAGCUGGAGGAGCAGCAGUUGUUCGCUGACACUGACGAGGUGGAGGAAGUGGAUGAGGAAUAUCUCAAGUUUCUGGAAAUUACACUGCGGCAUCAGGAGGAAUUAAAGCGCACGCGUGCCGCAGCUGCAGCUGCAGCUGCCGUCGCAGAAACUUAACUGCCGAAACCCACCGAGAAAUUAGAUUUAAGUUUUUCAAUUCAAGAUUUUAUAUAGACAUACAAUGAAAAUUCGCUUUA